AGUAAGGCAGGAUUCAGCAUACGCAGUCAUUCAAGUAAAAAGGAUAGACUCACGGGGGAGAUAAAAAGGAAAGAAUAUGUAUGUUCUAAACAAGGUACAUAUUGUAGACCCGAAGCAGAAGGCAGGGUAAGGAAAAGACGCAGAGUCAAAGUACGACAAGAUUGCAAGGCUAGGAUUGGGGUUGUGAAGUGUCACGAGUCCAACAAGUAUUCUAUUUCGUUGUUUGAAGAGGUACACAACCAUUCAUUGACAACCCCAGAUAAGGUGCAUUUGUUGAGAUCUCACCGUGAUGUUAGAGAAUCAAGAAAAGCACUCCAAAUUGACCAAAUUGGUGUAGUUAAUACACCUACUCAUCAACCAGUAAGUAAUCUUGAGGUACAAGCAGGAGGAAUGGAAAAUAUUGGGUGUGUAAAUAAAGAUUUCUACGAUUGGGAAACGAACAUGCGCACGCAACUGCUGGAGCAUGAUGUAGAGCUGCUGAGUGAGCAUUUUGGGGCUGAGAAAAGAAAGAGUGAGUCUUUUUAUUUCAAGAUGGAGGCAGAUCCUAGUGGAAGGCUGACUAAUUUGUUUUGGGCAGAUUCAACAUCUAGACGAGCUUAUAAAUUCUAUGGAGAUGUGAUUGUGUUUGAUACAACAUAUAACACGAAUCGUUAUGGAUUGGUAUUUGCGCCGUUAAUAGGGGUGAAUAAUCAUGGGCAGACAAUUAUCCUUGCAUGUGCUUUCUUAAGUAAAGAAACCACCGAAUCUUUUGUGUGGUUAUUUGACCAAUUUAAGAAUGCCAUGCCUGGUCCACCACCCAAAAUGAUCAUUACGAAUCACGAAGCAGCCAUGACAAAGGCGAUUGUGCAAGCUCUCCCAACUACAUAUCAUAGAUUAUGCAUAUGGCAUAUUUUGAACAAAUUUUCUGAAAAGGUAAAUCCCCCAACACUCAGAGACAGAUUCUCGGAUUUAAAUGCUUGCAUAUGGGAUAUAGACACAACAAUAGAAUUUGAAUCAAAAUGGCUUACCUUGAUUACAGAAAAUGGAUUAAAUGAUCAUCCUUGGUUGAGUUCAAUUUAUGAUUUGCGUGAUAAGUGGGUUCCAGCCUAUGUCAAACAUGUUUUCUCUGCUGGAAUGUUGAGUAGUAAGCAACCUGAAAGCUCACAUGCUUUCUUCAAGCCAUAUGUUUCACGAAAGAAUUCGUUGAUGGAUUUUGUAGUACGAUUUGAACGAGGUCUUGCUAAGCAGCGGCAUGAGGAGUUAUAUGCCGACCAUGUUGACUGUAAUGAAAAACCUGCAAGCCUUUUGGAGACGUCAAUGGAAACCCAGGUGGCAGGCUUGUAUACAAAGGCGCUGUAUCAAAAGUUUCAAAAGGAAGAAUUGAAGAGCCUUAAAUGUUUUCUUCAAUGUACAACGUCGGAUGAUAGACAAAGGGUUUAUAAAGUAACUGAGAGGAUAAAACCCGGGGUUUCUAAAGUCAAAGAAGUUGUGUAUGAUGUAUCCGCUGAUCUAGCUUAUUGCAGUUGCAAACACUUGGAAUCUUGUGGAAUUCCAUGCAGGCAUGUAUUGGCUUUUCUAAAACAUGAGCAAGUCGAAUAUUUGCCAGAUAAGUAUUUAUUAAAAAGGUGGAUGCAAAGAACGAAGUCUGCGUUGGUGUUUGAUCGUGAUGCCAUUAAAAUUAAAGAUCACGUUGAUCGGUGUGUUUUAAUGAGGAGAUCUACCUUGUCUAAACUAGCCAUUACUCUAAUUGAUUCUGCAUCAAUGUCCGAGGAAGCUGGGAAGUUACUCUUAGAAACUUUACAGGGUGUGCAGGAAAAGAUAGAGUCUAUGGGGCAGGAAAUUGGGCACGCACAAGGAAGUGGUAAAGCUGUGGCCAGCGAUUCUCAAACAGUUACUUUAAUGGAUCCACUUCGAGCAAGAGUGAAAGGCAAAGAGAAGGCAAUGGACCAAUUGAAACGAUGGUGUAUCGAAUGUAGUUCUUUCCCCGGAAACAAUGACGACACAACUCAGAGCAUGCCGAACACACAAUCUAGUCCGAUCGUGUCCUUGAUGGAUGAAUUUGACAUUUAUGCAUCCACCAGCUCUCAUCCCGUUUUGUAGUUGGCUGAUUGUGUCAAUAAAUUUGAUGUAUUGUCCAUGUAUGUUUUUCAUCAUUGAACUGGUUUUCUUUGUUUUGGGUUGAAGGUUUGUUGUAUUGUUCGUGCAUGUAUCCGAACUGAUUGACCAUUGUUCUUGUAACCUGUGUAAGGAAAUUGCAUUAUGGAUACCAGAUUU